CUGAUGCCAGCUCUGUUUAGCUUGAGUUCUAUCAGUAUAGCACUAGCACGCCAAACCCUGCUUUGACAAGCUAACUAGGGUAGACGGGCGAGAGAUCCCGCUUUGGCCCGCCAAGUCGGUUGCUUUCUUUGCCCCUGGACACGGUGCCUUGGUGAUGCAAGCCGUUAGGCCCUAAUCUAGUGUUAGGUAACUUACUCAGAGCGGCCGAGAAUGGCGCAAACACAACUUUUGGCCGCUCUUCAGGCUCUUUACCACCACGACGACCCUAAAGUUAAAGACGAGGCAGAUCGCUGGCUUGAGCAAUGGCAGCAGAGUGUGGAGGCGUGGUCAGUGGCGGACGCUGUGCUCCACGACCCGACCACCUCGAUGGAAGCACAGUAUUUCUGCGCACAGACGCUACGUACAAAGGUCCAGCGCGACUUCGAGGAGCUGCCUCCCGAGGCGGUGGACAGCCUGCGCGAGAGCCUGCUGCAGCUGCUCAUCCGCUUCAGCAAGGGCGCGCCGCCGGUGCGCACGCAGCUGUGCCUGGGCCUUGCAGCCCUGGCCGUGCACGUGCCCGUGGACCGCUGGACGCUGCCCGCCCCCGGCAGCAGCGGCGGCGGCGGCGGCGGCGGCUCGGAGCAGCAGCAGCAGCAGCAGCAGGCGGGCGUGGUGCGCUGGUUCGCCGCCAAGUUCGGGGCGCUGCCGCCCGACACGGCGCUGCCCUGCAUGCUGGAGCUGCUCACGGUGCUGCCGCAGGAGGUGCACAGCUACAAGAUCGCGGUGCGGCCGGAGCGGCGGCGCUCCUUCGCGGCCGAGCUUAUGGCCAACACCGGGGCGGCCUUUGACAUACUCAGCAGCUGCCUGUCGCAGCCCGGCGAGCGCACUCGCACCCAGGUGUUGGAGGCGUUUGGCUCCUGGCUCAAGCUGAACGAGGGCCGCCCGCUGCCCUCCAUCGCGGCGGCGGUGGCGGCGGGCGCGGUGGCGGCGGGCGAGGACGCGGCGGCCACGCUGGCGCGGCACCCGCUGGUGGCGGCGGCGCUGGAGGGGCUGCAGAACACGGGGGAGACCUUCCAUGCGGCCGUGGAUGCGAUCUGCGAGGUCAUCUGGACCACAGUGGACUUUGGCCAGGGCGCGCCCGACCCCACCGCCAGCCCCGGCGGCGGCGGCGGCGGCGGCGGCCCUGCUCCGCUGGCGUCUGCCGCGCUGCCGCUGGUCCAGGCCAUUGUGCCGGCGAUCAUGGGAUUGCGCAGUCGCUUCGCGGUGGCGGCGAGGAGGAGGGAGGCGGAGAUGGGCCGCGGCAGUGCGGGUGCCGGCGAGGGCGAGUUCGACGACGACGAGGACAGUGCCAAGGGUAUGGCUCGGCUGUUCUGCGAGGUGGGGGAGGCCUACCUCAGCCUCAUCAUCACAGCAGUGGCGGAGGUCCGCGCCCCCGUGGAGGCCCUGCUGGAGGUGGCGGCGUACCCGGACUUUGGCAUCUGCUCCAUGAGCUUCAACUUCUGGCACAGGCUCUCCCGCUUCCUCACCAGCGGCUUCUCGGGCGGCGGCGGCGGCGGCCCCGGCUCCGGCUCCGGCGCCACCGCCACCGGCGGCUCUGACGACGCGGCGGAGGCCGAGCGGCGGCGGCAGUUCUUCCUGCCGGCCUUUGAGCGGCUGGUGGCGCUGAUCCGGGGGCGUGUGCGGGAGCCGGAGGGCUACAACAGCUGGAGCAAGGACGAGAAGCACGAGUUCAGGACGGCGCGAGACGAGGUGGGCGACACGCUGGACGACUCCUCGGCGGUGCUUGGCUUCGGGCGCUGCCUGUCGCUGCUGGUGGAGCCGCUGGCGGCGCUGGGCCGGGCCGACGGCGGCGGCGGCGGAGGCGGAGGCGGCAGCAGCUACGACUGGCGGACGGCGGAGGCGGCGCUGUUCUGUAUAAAGUCCAUCCACCGCCACGCCGCCACGCCCGGCGACCCGGCCUUGCAGCAGCUGCUGGAGGCGCUGGCGGGCGGCGGCGGGCUGCCGCGGGAGGUGGCGCAGCUGCAGGCGACCGUGUGCAGCACCGUGGGACGAUACGCGAGGUGGCUGGAGCGGAGCAUGCAGGCCGGCUACUGCCAGCCGCUGCUGCAGCGGCUGCUGGGUCUGGCUGUAGCAAACCUGGAGCUGCCCUCCAGCUACUGCCAGGCAGCGGCGGCGGCGGCGGUGCGCAACCUGUGUGCGGAGUGCGGCGCCUUCAUGGCGCCCUGCCUGCAGGAUCUCCUGGGCCUGUACUCGAAGGUGCUCACCAUGGGCGCCGCCAGGUCGGCGGCGGCGGCGGCGGCGGCGGCCAACGGCAGCAGCAGCGGCAUCUCGGAGGAGGACGUGGAGUCGGUCAUCUGCGCCGUGUGCCAGGCCGUGUCCCAGGCCGCGCCGCCCGACCAGCGCCAACAGGCCGGCGCCGCCCUCCUCACGCCCGUGCUCAACCAGCUGCGCGACGCGCUCAUGGCGCUGGGGCCGGUGCCGCCGCCGCCGCCGCCGCCGCUGAUGGCGCCGGGCGUGGCGGCGCCGCCGCCGCCGCCGCCGGGCGCGGGGGUGGCGGCGGCGCACCCGGCGCUCAACCCGCUCAUUGACCGGUUGGCGGUGGUGUUCGGGCACACGGCGUCGGCGGAUGUGGUGGGCCAGAUGCUGAUGGCCAGCUGGCCCGUCCUUGACGGCAUCAUGGCGCGCUGCAGCGGCUGCGGCAAGACCACGGAGCACGUGCUGCGCACGCUGCGCUACGGCAUCAAGCAUGCGGGGCGUGCGGCGGCGCAGCUGCUGCCCACGCUGCUGGAGGUGCUGCCGGCGCGGUUCGGGGCCACCCGCCACUCCGCGUUCCUGUUCAUUGUGUCGGAGCUAAUCAAGUUCUUCGGGGACGAGCCGCAGCACGACUCCUCGCUGUCGCCCAUCCUCACCGGGCUGGUCACGGAGGCGGGCAGGCCGCUGACGACGCUGGCCACGCUCAACUCCUCUCCCGACAUGGUGGACGACCUGUUCCUGCUGGGGCUGAGGGCGCUGGGCUACGCGCCGCGGCUGCUGCUGGCGUCAGGCGACACGCGCGCGCUCACCACACUGCUGGACGUGGCCAUGGUGGGCUGCGUCAUGCAGCACCGUGAGGCCAACGGCAGUGUGUUGGGCUUCAUCGCGCGCCUCACCUCCUCCAACACACUGGGCAGGUGCCCACCGCAGGCCUCCGACGUCCUGCGCGCGCACCUGCUCCCCCGCGCGCCCAUCUUUGUGCGCCUGCUGCUGUCGGGCAUUGCCGGCACGCUGCCCCUGGGCCGCGUGUCGGUGGUGGGAUCGGCGCUGAUGGGCCUGGUGGCGUUUGGCAGCAGCGCGGCGGCGAGCGCCGGCGGCGGCGCCGCCGCGACGGGUCUGGGCUGGCUGACGGCGGCGCUGCAGGUGGUGCCGGAUGUGGCGGCGACGGCGGUGGACAAGCAGGCGUUCUUGGGCGCGGCGGCCGCGGCGCUGCGGGCGGGGCCAUCGGCCGCCACUGACGGCGACAUGAUGGGCAGCGGGGACGGCGGCGGCGGCAGCGGCUACUACGACCGCUCCUGGGAGGCUGCCUGCCAGGAGUUCGCGGACCUGUGUCGCCGCAACAAGCGCGCGCGGCAGGCGGCACAGGCGUCGCUUCUGCCGCAGGAGCUGGCGGCGGCGGUGGAUGACGGCGAGCGGCGGCGCGGCGGCGCGUGAGGCACACCGAGCGGUGGGGUGCUUGGUAGUGUAGCGUGGGGGAGGUGAGGUGAGGUGAGGUGAGGUGAGGUGAGGUGAGGCGGAAUGGCGUUAAGCAGGGUGGGAGCGGGGGUGCUUGGAGCGGUGGUGUGGGGCGCGGGCGGCGCGCCGUGGCGGAUUGUGUGUGGUGGCGACGUUUGAUGCGGGUGCGCGGCGUGUAAGGCACGGCGCGGGCGUGAGGUAGUACCGUAGAUUGGCGAGGCCGUCACAGCCGACGGUUUGAGUGUGUUGGGAGAGCGGGGCAGCUGCAUACCUGCGGCUGCCCAGGGUGCGGACCCUGUUGCGUCUUGGGGAGCGUGUUGAAGGCUUCAGUAAUGCAGCUUACAGUCAGAUGCGGGGCUCGGCAUCGUUAGCCGAAGGCGAGGCCAGGGAGCGACCUGAGUUCGUUGUGAUGCCAAAGCGAGCUCAUGGCAGUGGAGGCUGUGGCAAUUUUUCCUGGCCACGCACUGGGGGUAAGCAGGACCACACUUGUAGGCAGGUUCUGGCGGAUGCCUCCUCGAGAGGUGAGGCAGGCAGGCCUGUGCCUGUGCAGGGCACGAGCGGCAAGGCCAAAAGACUGGCAUAGCACGUUUGGACUGAUGGCUGGUGGUCGCGGGAGGAUGCGUGAGCUUGGGGAGUGAAGUGUUUCACCGCAGGCCUUCGGGGCGAGCCAGCUUGGGCAGCUUAUUGUUGUGUGUGUGGCGUUGGGGGUUGUAGGUCGCGGGAGCGAUUGGGAUGAGCGUUUCGAAGCAAGUCGCUGUAAGGCCGUGUCGGG